AUGGAUAUUUACAGCCCUUUAAAUAACUUUUCACAGACAAAUUUUCCCAUCUGGAGUUACUCAGACCUUCUCUUGAGUCUGGACUCUAGGUUCUGAUUAUGUAUACUAAGCCAGGGAACUAGUGAGACUCAAGAGUCUUGCGAUCUCCUCUCCUCAGAAUCUCAUGGAAGACUUCAUGUUUCUGGAAAGACUUGAAAUGCAAGGGAUAUACUCUUGAAAUUACACAGAAGCAUUAAUAAUGCCCUGACAGCUCAGAACUUGUAAUAAGAGAACACAAACUUAAGGAUGAAUCAUCUGCAAAUAGAGACAAAAAGAGUGAUGCCAAAAAUAUUGCUGAAAAUGCUAAAGGAGUUAAGAAAAGAGCAAGCCGCUCAGAUAAAUUAGACAUAAAGCCAAAGCUUUUAGAACUCAAGAAACGCUUGAAGAACCAUCAUGCUUCUGGAUUCACAUGUUCGGCUAAAAAGUCGAAACAUUCCAACAAAUAUCUUGGAAGAAGGUCUAAGUACAUUGGAGUCUCAAAGAAUAACAUGA